AUGGAAGCCACGAAGGAAUCGGAGCCGUCGAGGAUUCUGGAUGCCAUCCUCCCUCGGCACCUUGAAGACGAUUGCCUGGAAGACCCUGCGCUUCCACCUGAAUCCUUCAAGGAUGCCUUCGCCAGGGCCGCCGCCACUGUGAAGUCCCGGGCUGCCUCAAUCUUCACCCCCAGCCACGGCGAGGACUGCGUGAACGACCCGUGGCCCAUCGGCGAUGGCCUGACCGACGUCAUAACCGGGGAGCCAGGAGGCCACGAGCCCGAACAGCCAUGCACAACGGAGAAAGGGAGCGGCGGAGGAAUAGGAGAGGUCGGCGAGGACGUGGUGGUCCCUGGCGUGAGCGGCGAGGGAGACAAGGUGGUGGUGGGCAAAGGAGCGGAGGAGGACGACAGAGGAGCUUGUGUGGAUGGCCUCCAGGGGCUGGAUACCGGAGAGAGAGGCGAGAAUGGCGGUGGCGGCAGUGGAGAUGGCGAUGGGGAAGGCGGUGGUGAUGAGGUGCCGACGCUAGUCGAAGGCGUUGCGUGA